AUGUCAGCAGUGUGGAAGCACUUUAAAGUGUCAGAGAAAGAGGCAAAAACGGCCGUUUGCAGACAUUGUUCUGCUGAAUUAUCCAGAGGGGGUGCAUCUGCAAAAACGUACAGCACUUCAAGUUUAAUUUAUCACUUAAAAUCAAGACACCCUGAACAUCAUGCAGAGUACGAGAAAGACACGGCGGCGGCAACGGCAACAGCAGCAGCGAAAAGAAAAGUAGCUCCCAGUCCUAGGACACCCACUCCAUCUGUGGCUGACUUCUUAGAAAAGGCAAAAAAGUUUGCCAAUGACAGUGCCAAAGCUAAAGGUAUUACUAAAAGGAUAAUGGAAUUCAUCGCAUUGGAUGAUCAACCAUUCUCUGUUGUAGAGGAUGUUGGAUUUCGCAGGCUUAUAGACCAUAUUGAGCCCCGUUACACCAUCCCUAGUAGACGGCAUUUCUCAGACUGGAUCGACAAAGAUUUCAAGCUACAAAAGAUUGUGCUUCACUCACAAGAGUUUAGAGGGUCCCAUACAGCUGUAGCCAUAUCUGAGGCGUUCGCCAACAUGUUUGACACUUGGCGUAUCGACCGAUCUAAAGUGCAUGCGGUAGUCAGUGACAACGCAAGAAAUAUGGCUAAAGCCAUGGAAGAUAGCAAUCUGAAAGGCAUACGGUGUAUGGCACACACAAUUCAACUGGCGGUCAACGAGGGAUUGUUGAGUCAGCGCAGUAUAGCAGAUGUGAUAGCGAUAGGCAGGAAAAUUGUUGGCCAUUUUAAACAUUCACCGCUUGCCUAUGCGCGCCUACAAUCUAUCCAAGAACAGUUCGGAAUGCCGCAAAAACGUUUCCAACAAGAUGUGAGCACAAGGUGGAACAGUACAUAUUAUAUGCUGGAAAGCCUUUUUGCGCAAAAGCGAGUCUUGGCUACAUACAUAGCAGAUCAUGACCUGCCCGCGACAUUCACCGCAUACCAGUGGGUGUUAAUCGAGAACGUUCUCUCUCUUCUCGCCCCCUUUGAGCAGAUAACAAAAGAGAUAAGCUCAUCUGAUGCAUCUGUGGCAGACGUCAUACCCUUACUUGCAGCACUAAAGCGUCUUUUAAACAAAGAGGCUGAAACAGACCACGGAGUGAAAACAGCUAAAAGUGCGCUCUUAGAAGCUGUCAGCACACGAUUUAGUCAGGCGGACUCAGAACCCCUGUACUGCAUCGCGACUGUGCUUGAUCCAAGAUAUAAAGAUCAUUACUUGGAUGUGGGGAAAAAGAUGCGCACACGAGAAAUGAUCCAGGCCGAGUUGGAUUUGGGAAAGCCGCUAGGUGAUGGAGACGGUCAGGUGAUGCACAGCGCAGGAGAUGAAAACAGCGCAGAGAGUAAACGGGCUCGUACUACAGAUGAGCCGCGCACAGUCUCGCUGUCUGACAUGUUCGAUGAGAUCCUCCAAGAGAAUAACCCAUUUGCAAGACAGAGGACAAGCUCGACCGCUCAACAGUUAGAUGGGUAUCUCUCAGAAGUCCCCAUCCCCAGGAGCAAUAACCCUCUCGAAUUUUGGAGGACCAAUCAAGGCCACUUUCCCGACCUGGCGCAGAUGGCACGCAGGUACUUGUCUGCUCCAUGCACAAGCACCGACAGUGAGAGACUGUUUAGUGCUGCAUCUCAUGUCAUCGAUGAGAAGAGGAACCGACUUUCAUGUGAGAAAGCAGAGAAGCUACUUUUCAUAAAGAAGAACCUGCCACUUUUCCUGAAGAAGUAGGCUAAGUAGGCUUAUGUCUAGGACAGUUAUUCAUUUGUUGUGGGUUCAUCCACAUUUUUUGCACUAUUCAAUGCACAUUUGUUGUUGUAGACAUACAGAGUUACAUUCUUUCAGCAGUCAGUUAUAGGCCUAACAUAGGCUAUUCAAGAAGGGGGGCUUCAAAGAU